GGAUGGUGAGACUGGAGCAUCGCCAGGUGCAUGUCUCGAUUGGAUGCGAAUAUAAAUACAGAGCAGCUCUGCUGUUUUAUUGUCAAUCAACUUUUGUUUGGAAAUCAGCCUCUCGAGCUAAACAUCUUCAGCAACGACAUCUUCAGCGCAAGCAACACCCUUGAUCAAGUUUUUAUUCGACUUUCAAAUCUUCGAAUCAAAAUGCGUUUCUCCGCUUUCGUCCUUCCCGCCCUGGUUGCCGCCUCCCCCUUGAUUCCUACUCAGGAGUUUAAGGAUGGCCCUGACCCUAAGGACAUCCAGAUCGUCAAUGCGAGCUUCUCGGGUAACGGCUGCCCUCAGGGAACCGUGGUGACCAGCAUCUCGCCUGACAAGACGGUCGUCACCUUUGGCUUUGACCGCUUCCAGACUUAUAUCGGCCCCGGCUUCAACCCUACCGAGCGGACCAAGAACUGCCAGCUCCACCUGAACCUCAAAUACCCCGGUGGAUUCCAGUUCUCGGUCGUCGAGAGCACCUACCACGGCUACGCUCAGCUCGACGAGGGCGUCACCGGCACCUUCUACUCGACAUACUACUUCUCGCAGGACGCUCCGUCGACCACGACGACGCAGACCUCCAUCACCGGUGGAGGCAUCUGGGCCCAGGGACAGGUCUACACCAAGACCGACCAGGUCCCCACCACCUCGGUCGUCUACUCGCCCUGCGGCGCCAACGGCAUCCUCAACAUCAACAACCGCAUCAGCCUCACCAGCACCAAGUCCUCCGCCAUCGGCAUCAUCUCGGACGACGACGCCACCGUUGCUUUCACCCAGCAGCUCAACCUCCAGUGGCAGACGUGCAGGAAGUAAAUCCAACGUG